UCAAGUGUUUCACAAAAUCCAAGGAGGCAAAACAGAAAAGUGGAAUUUGGAAAGUGGAAAAUUAUUUUGGGUUUGACUCUCAUGGACUCUCCUACCUAGGCUGUCAGAUCUUUCGAUUUCAUUCGGUGUGGUAGAAUGACAACGAGAAGCACCAACGUAAAUGGAUCAGACACUGAUAGGCAUGGAGAGGUUACGUUGGUGGCAGCAGCCAUGACGCGUCAGGUGACUGUAUCCAUGGGUCGUCGUCUGAGCUUGGAGGACCUGAACGACAGCUCAUCACAGAGUGAAUUUGUAAGCGUGGAUAGUCCCCAGAAUGGGGACGUGGAUGUGGUGACUGUCGACAACGCAGCCGAGGUGGAUUCGCUGAUUGGGUCUCAGAAAUCUCCACUUGGAUUUUCAGAAAUGCAGAAGAAUUCACCAAAAGUGAAGUCCCAGUCACACACUUCUCCUGUGAGACCCAGCACUGUGCCCCCGUCUGGAAGCCCUAAAGGAAGCUGGCCUAGCCCUCGUAGCAGCUUGGCCUCUCCUGCUCAAGCUGAUCUACCAGACGCAAACAGAAAACGAACAUUUGAACCCUGUAUACUGAACAAGGCCAAAGUCUGGUUACCAAUUGAACUCAUCGAGCAGUCCAAGGUGUUCCAUGAGGUCGUCAGUAUGGACACCUGGACCAAUGUUCUCUCGGAUGAAGAUCGAGAAAGACUCGGCAAAAUGAUGCCAGAUUUCCCAGAGUCAGAUGCUGAGGAAAAACAGGAAACAUUAAGGCGAUUGUUUGCCGGAGAGAAUUUCAAAUUUGGCAAUCCCGUUCGGAAACUGCAGAAAGAUCUAAAAGCUGGCUACCUGUGCCUGGAUGUGUUCAAACACAAGAGGGCACUGCGACGAGCCAAGUACCAGGAGUACAAUCAUCAGCAGGAACUGCGCUGUCAUAGGAUGCUGAAGGAAGUUCUCAUUUCCAGACAGGAACUACUAGAAGCAGCCCAGUUCACUGCACCAGAUGAGCCCUUUAAGGUCAAACGCCCACGACCUUUGACCGCUCAGAAAGAUCUAGAUGAGAUAGUGACUAAGAAAUACAGAAAGAUAUUGAGAGAGUGCAGAAUGGAAUGUGGGGAACUGUACACAAGUGACGAAGAUGACAACCCCUCCUGUGGUGCUAGAGACAAGACCCCUACCAAGAAGAGACCUUCAUCAUGGUAUGAAGCACCCAGUGAUAUUACACUUCCUGUUUUCACACCAAGAGUACACUCGACCUUUGACAUGAAGCCUUUUGAACUUCCUGCUGAGCUUCAAGCCGAUGGGAGUGUGGAAGAAAAGAGUGGUCCUAUCCCGCCUUCUGCACCUAAUUCCCCAUUGCAUCUCACUGAAGCGGCAUAUAUGGACAUGAUUGAGAAACACCAGCGCAGGAGGGACUCUUGCUUUAAUAACUUUGAGCUUGAUACCAGCCAUGUAUCACUUGACGAUAUAAUGAUCCGGACAUUUUCCAGCCAGAAUUCCCCAACUGUACCAUCAAGAGUGUGCUCGAAACCUUCCCCGCUGUCACAGAAGAGAAAAAAUAAAGCGAAAGACAAACUGGCAAAAAAGAGAAAGAAAGGCAGACCGCCCAAGGUGGCCACGCCCGUUUCUGUUGUGUCUAUAGAUAGCCAGAUAUCAUUGGCUACGUUGGAGUCACCUGUGAGUAUCUCGACCAAUCAGGAAGAGCGAUCUACACCAGUUGAAGCAGUGAAGGAUGAGGAAGAUGUUGAUAUUGAGAGUUCACUGAAGUCCAUGAUCUAUCCAAACUUCUUCAGUUUCCUCCGAGACACCAUGAAGCAAUCCGACAACCAUUUCAUGACUUUUGCCGAGCUUGAGUUCCACACGGAAAAGUGGGAACAGGAGCCUGUGAGUGCCCUCAAUGUUUGGUUUACGCUCAUGCUCUCGUGGUCAAAGGUCAUCAGUAGCAUGCUGAAGUUCCUGAUCGGAGAGUUGCCGAGUAUGCCGAUUAAAGACCCCAUUGUAGAACAGAAUGAAGAGACGAAAGCAUGGAGAUGGAUAGGGGAGGGAAGAGACUCAGAUGAACAGCUAACCACCCUUUUCAAGCAAUGGUUGACUGCAGUUAUGGAAGAUAAACCUACACCUCCUGAAACAGAAUGUCACUCGAGUCCAACAGUACCAAGCCCAAUCAAAGUACGGACAGACUUUGUUGUUCGACCGAGCAACGCGGAAGAGAAAGAUUUAUUCAGGGCUCAGGAACAUGAGCGUUAUGAACAGCCUCACAAAGCCUACACAUAUCACAUCCACGGGUACCAGUCAGUUGUGGGACCAGUUAAAGGAGUGUAUAGCCGAGAAGCAUCGCUCAACAAGGCGAGAGAACAUUCCCUCCUGGUGUCUGAUAGACCCCCUUAUGUUACCAUUCUUUCUCUGGUGCGUGAUGCCGUUGCGAGACUCCCCAAUGGCGAAGGAACCCGCUCAGAGGUUUGUGAACUUCUGAAGGACUCCAAGUUCCUUGUUGAUGCAACAGACAAUCAAAUCAACACUGUCGUCAGUGGAGCACUUGACAGGUUGCACUAUGAGAAAGACCCCUGUGUUAAAUAUGACGGGAAUCGCAAACUGUGGAUAUAUCUACAUCGAAAUAGGAUUGAGGAAGAGUUUGAGAGACUUCACCUUGAGCAAGCUGUGUCUGUGAAAGCAAAACGCACCCUACAGAAGCAGCCCAAACCCGUCCAGAAAACAAAACAGGUGAUCAGGGAUAUGCCAAUAAUGCAUCAGACCAUCCGUCCUCCAUCCGCGAUGAGUGACACUAGCAAUGAUAGCAUCAUCAGUGUUGGUAUGGGUCUAGAGACUCUUAGCCCAGCUCGAUCCCCAGGAAGCUCCUCUAUCAGUCCACACAGCAUCGCCAAGAGUCCGGCUUCAUCAGCUUCGCAGAGCUCCAGCAGUAGCCUUCCGGGGGUCAAAGUCUGUCAUCGAGCGAAACUGAGCACAUUCCAGCCUCAGCUACAGCGGAAUAUAGCCGCUCCGAUGACGCUUUCAGGAGUGCAUGCGUAUCCCUCGCAAGUCCAAGCGCUUCUGACUCACGCAGCUAUGCCAAGCAUGCUUGUCCCUUCUUCCAUCUCUUGCAGUGAGGCCGGCGCAGCGCAGAGUGGGAAUUCAUUGAUCCGGGCACAGUUGCUAGCGCCGCGGGGUAUUGUGGCACAGCUUAGUGGACAUCAAGUAUCUGCACAAAUGUGCAACCCAACGAGUAGUAUCUGUACACCCCAAUUGUCUACGAUGCCUAUAUCAUCCCUUAUGACAAGCCAGUUAACGAGCCAGGCACACACAGAUGCCCUAAGUAGGAAGGAUUCAUUAGUGGUUACUAAAGAGGGUUUGGUACAUACAAGCAGUAAACCAAUUACAUUGACUCUUACAGGAACUAAGGCACCUGGCAAGUCCAGGACCCCACCAUCUAGUACUAUUCCUGCUGCCUUGGCCUUCCAUCCAGGAACCCUCUCAAAGCCAGGGACAGUUCCUGUCAAUGUAACUCUUACGUUGAAGGGUGCUACAGAGGAGUCUAAAGGUAGUGGAAGCUCACGGGGACAUGGUGGAAAGGCAAAACUGCCAACAGUUGGUGGUCUUUUAGCUGGGCUCGGGAUGCCACUUGAGAGCUCUUCAUCACGGGGACCGAAGAAAGCUACAUCUGGAUUGUCAAGAUCUAAAUCUCCCUCACGUGCUGCAGACACAAAGUCAAUGAGUCCAGGCUCCGCCAGGUCUGCUCAAUCAGCAGCCUCCAAGAAACGAUCUCAGCAAAAGACCGAUGCGGUCACACAAGAUCACAUCAUUACCUUCCACCAGGUCACUUCAUCAUCUCUGGUUCAACCUCAGCAAGCAUCUCUUCUGACGUCCCCAUUGAUCUUCACUAGCGCUGCAGCUGGUGUCCAGCCCACUAUGUCUGGAUUGGUGUUUCAGCCUCAGGUAGCUUCUCAUGGACAGCUCACAACAACCUCUAGUAGGAAGACCCCACCUUCUUUAUCCGCCACUCAGGCUUCUGCAAUUCGCACUCUGACCUCACUAGCUUCUCAAAGGAAGCUGAAAGAGAUACCCAGUACCAGUGGGGUCGGUACAGCUUCUGGUAGCUUUGGUUCCUCACACGCAGAGCUACCAUCUAUACCAAUGUCUUUACUGAUGUCCACUGGACCUCACAGUGUAACCACUAGUCAGGGUCUAAAAACGGUGUCAGUAGUGGGAUCGCAUGGGAGAUCUCUUCCAAAAGGAGCCAUUCCUGUUAUGACCAACCCGCUUCUUUCAGCAGGAAUUCCAGCCAACCUAGCCCCAGGGAAAGGUGUCAUUCUUCAGGUACCAAUAGGUUCCAAGCUUGUGUCUGCCAUUCCAUCCACAUCUUUGUCUUUAAACAAGCCGAAAAUCACCACCCCUAUCACUGUGACCUCCUCAGCUUUAACCUCUCAAAUGACAGCAGCGUUAAACCAAGGUGCCAAUUUAGCUGCUCAGAACCAACCAGCAAAAUCUACCCAAGCGUCUCGUGUACUCACAGCACAUGAUGAUGACAAGAACUAAAGAGUUGUUUAAAAAUAAAAAAUCUUAAAAAAUAUUUACAGUGUGUGCAAAAAGUAAUCUGUUUCGGUCCAACAGACUACAGAUUUAGGAAACGAGAUCGGCGCUUGUUGGCAAUGGAUUAAGUUAAAGUAUACCUUUAAUUUUGGGUUUACUCCCUACAAGUGUAGAAACAUAUUUUGCAAAACUAGCCUGUAAAAAUUUAAUUUUAACAGGUGGUGGCAUUUUCAUUAACUAAGAUUAUUACCAAAAAUCUCAAAAGGUUGUUUCCAUGCAGGAAGAAUAAUCCGUAAUUUGAAUACACAAUCAGAGGAGCUUUAAAAAUGUUUUUAGGAGAUGCAGCCUUUUUUUGACUGAUACAAUGAUGUAUUUUUCUUCAUUUUAACAUUAUUUUGAUAAUUUGUAACACACAUUGACAAGUUUGUAUUAUUUGUAACUAUAGUUGGGCAGUUAGAAUAAAAUGUGUGAACCAAACUGGAGGGCACAAAGUGACCUGAAAUGA